AUUUCUAAACAAAAAGAAUGAGAAUGAAAUACAAAGGCUUCUCAAGGUUUUUAAAAAUUACUGUGUAUCUCGCCUUCUUUCAGUAGACAUAUAAAAAUAGGAUUCGUACAACCCAAAGAAAGAAGUCAGUUAAAUAGAGGGAGCUAGUAGCUCUCUUCGAGGCAUAGGAACAGACUGAACAGACGCAUAGAAAGGGAUUAAUACGGUACACCACGGAAAGCACCCCUUACAUCAGAGGUCACGUGACCCGUUCCCUAGAUAAGUUGCCCCUCCCCCGCCAACAGAACGCUCCGAGAUAUUCAACGGCCCAGUGGAGUUGGCAGUGGAGUUCUCGCACGCGGCAUUCCAUAGGGUGUUCAGCUGUUAAUGCUGAGACGGUUUUUGCCACAAUAGGUCUUUGAGACGCCGGUCGGAUCAGUAGCGAGGACAGUCGGUGGCAGUUGUUAAAGGGAGCCCAGCCAGAUAAAGAUAAGAGGUUGAUAAGCGUUCAUCUUCUUUGGACAGUGCAUCUUCGUUUAAAGUCCCAAAAGAGUCAUGGCGACUAGUGCUGAGGAUAUCCGCUCCCCAGGGCUGUACCGGGCCUUGCUGGCUGAAAUGUUAGGUGUCCUUUUUCUCGUGCUCGUCGCGUGCGGCGCCUGCACCAACGUGAAGGCUCAGCAGAAUCUCAUCACCAUCUCUGUGUGUUUUGGCCUUAGUGUGGCCACCUUGGUGUGGUGUAUUGCUAACGUAAGCGGGGGACACAUCAACCCGGCUGUCACCAUCGGGUUUCUUGUCACCCGCAAAAUCAGCAUCGUACGUGCUCUCUUCUACUUUGUGAGCCAGCUUGUGGGCGGCAUUGCGGGCGCGGCUAUACUGAUGGGACUUACCCCCACGGAGUACAGGGCUUCGCUAGGAACAACCCAGCUUACCCAGGGAGUCUCCGUGGGGCAGGGGUUCGGCAUCGAGUUUAUGGCCACGUUCGUGCUGGUGUUUACUGUGUUUGCCACCUGCGACUCCAAUAGAAAUGAUCUCAGCGGUUCUGGACCUCUGGCAAUUGGCUUGUCUGUGGCUAUGUGUCACCUGUGGGCGGUCCCAUAUACCGGCGCUGGCAUGAACACUGCUCGUAGCUUUGGGCCUGCUGUUAUAUUUGGAGGUCCUGCUUGGGAUAACCAUUGGGUCUACUGGGUUGGGCAGUUGUUGGGCGGUGUGGUCGCUGCUCUCCUCUACGACCUGCUGUUCGCCGUCAACUCCUCCGUGGACAAGCUCAAAUCAUGCGGCACCUCCCGCCAUUACAACGAGAGCGACACGUACGCCGUCAGCGACGAGAACCACUCCGAGAUGAAAGAUAUGCCACCUGCUAAAGUCUAACAAAAUUACAUGAUGGGACAUCAAUUUCUUACUGCAAGAAAGCGACAGAACGUGUUGUGUAUUGAGUUUGCAUUGCGAUAAAUCUGCUGAGUUGGAACUGCGACAAAUAUGCUUUGGGAAACGAAGAAUUAGCUGUAAUUUGAUACCGUUCGUUAACUAUGUUUCAAGUUGGCACGAAUCAAAAGGACAUCGGUUAGAUGAUCCUUUUUUCUCCUUGAAAAAGUCAGUUAUAAUUUAGCUCAAGAAGAAAACCCUUCUCAUAGCUCCUCUCCUGUAACAUUCAAAGUUUGGAUUUUUAUUCGAACUUAUCUUGAAAGACUGGGUAUAAAGGGAAACUGGUGAAAGUUGCGGUUACUAGAAUUGUCACAGUCUUGAUUCGAUCUCUUCCUGGCCAAUUUGAGGCAUAGAUAAUGAACGGCACCUCAAUUAAUAUAUUCUGGCCUUUUUAACCAUUAGAGUAAAGCACGAACAGAAAGAAAGAAGGUAGAAUAUAUUCUUUGGAAAAAAUCGUAAGAUUUACCUGUACUGACUUCGUAUUGAAGUUUUUAAAGAAGUUUUUUGUAUGAUUUAGCAAAGGUGUUGCUUUCGAUAAUCAAACCGGGCUUUGCUCACAAUCUAAGGCAAUCGUAACUGUUUUCUGCAAACCCAAGCCCGAUGGUGCUGGACUCUGUAAUUCCAUGAACGAUUUUUUUUUUGUUUCAGCUUCUGAAUCGCGAAACCAAAUUCAUUAAGCAGCUGUAUGUUUAUUUUCGUAAGCUGCCUGUAGUAACUAAAGUAGAAAAGGCCACCAAGAACUUUUUAAGUUCACAAUCCCUAACAAUCUCCAAAUCUGUGUCUCGUUUUCGGCUAACUGCCAGACUUGGUUUGAACUGGUACAACAUUAUAACAAAUGCAUACAAUCUUUCAGACUGGGAUUUCAGUAAAUUCAUAGUGUAUUUUUUUAAAAUCACAUUUGCCUGUUUCGAAUUAAUAUAGUGAAUUUUACCUGUUACUGCCGGAAUUGUACUAUUAUAUACUCAUUUCAUGAAAAACGUUAGUUGUAGUGCCCAGAACGACAAUACGUACAACACAAACUUCUGUGCCAAAUACACCAUUCAAUCAUCAUGGCUAUACAGCAACUUUCACAUUAAAGCGAGUUCAUUAAAAGUAAUGAUUUGGUGUGAGCUGUCAUUACCCAGAGCUUCAAACGGUUCAUUUAAAACUUACAUACCAAGUCACAAUAUAUGCAAAGUUGCAGUCUCUCUGUUGGUGCGAGGAAGAGGACCACACGCAAUGCUGUGUUACUCAGGGUGAACAGCUCUUGAUAACUGGCAGAGCUACAAUCGAGACGAGAUCCAUUGUUAGUAAUUUUAUUUCAGUGACAUACAUUUUCAAAAUCACUUUUAAUAUUUUUUUUAAUCGGUAAAAUAACGCAUGGGAACAAAAGGAAAGUGAGAAGGGAAAAGAGGGGGUAUUUAUCCAUUUUGAACAAUUACAGAAAACGGACCAGAACACAGGACACCCUGAGUUCCACAGCAAUAUCGGUGACUUUCCUCUACCCAGAAGGCCCUCCACGUCACAACGUCAACGUAUAGUUAUGAGGGCGCGUAAUGUAUAGUUAUGAGGGUAUUUUCAAUGGACUCAAACAUUCAAGGUGUGAGUUACUUGCAAGAAAAAGAACAACAGACUUGGUAUUAAACUUAUAGUAUGUUAACUAAAGCAUUUAUUUCAUAAUUUGUACAUUGUUAUUGUACACAAUAUUUUAAUAUAUGUAUAAUAUAUAUAUAUACACAAUUUAGCUUAAAAAACAUGUAUGAGUAAACAGCUAGUAAUUACAUAUGCUUACAUGUGUAUGGGACCAUAGGUUCCACAUAUUGAAACUGGGCUUUGUUCUUAGCUUAAUUAUACUCAAAUAUCAUACAG